AUGCAACUCGCAGAUCUUCAACUGUCCGCCGUCCUCAUCAUCACACCUCUCCUGCACCUCCUUUUUGCGCCCCACACAAAAGUCGAAGAGUCUUUCAACCUACAGGCCGCCCACGACAUACUCGUCUACGGCACGCCCACACAUGAUGUCGCCGCCCGCCUCGCCAGUGUGUACGAUCACUUCACCUUCCCAGGCGCCGUGCCGCGCUCUUUUAUCGGCGCUGUCGUCCUCUCGGGCCUGAGCCAGCCUCUGAUCUGGCUGAGUGGCUUCCAGCAUGCGCAGACCAUCGUGAGGGGCACCCUGGGGGCCUUCAACAUUGGCUGCCUGCUCGUGUUGAGGCAGAGUCUGGCCUCGGCGUUUGGGCAAGGCGCGGCUCGUUGGUGGAUUCUACUCCAGGUGACGCAGUUUCACGUCCUGUACUAUCUCACGAGGACCCUACCGAACAUGUACUCAUUCGGUCUCACGACCUUGGCAUUCGCACUCAUCCUUCCAAGGUCGAGCCCGGCAGUGUUUCUGCGACGCAGAAAACAAGCCAUAUUCUUCCUCACGCUGUCGGCAACCAUAUUUCGCGCCGAGACAGCCAUCCUCCUCGUCACCAUCACCCUCCACCUCCUCCUCACGUCGCAACUCACCUUGCGAGACGUCAUCCCCACCUUUACCCUCUCCUUCCUCUUCGCCCUGGCCAUUUCCGUGCCCAUCGACUCGUACUUCUGGCAACAAUGGCCUCUGUGGCCCGAGCUGGCAGGCUUCUACUUCAACGCUGUCAAGGGAUCCUCCUCAGACUGGGGUGUGUCCAGCUGGCACUGGUACUUCACGUCCGCCCUGCCACGCCUCUUCAUCAAUCCCCUGAUACCCCUCCUCAUCAUCUUCGCGCUGUAUAAUACCGGUACCCGCCGACAGGCCCUGUCCUUGUUCGUGCCGAGCAUGGCCUUUGUCGUCGUCUACUCUCUCCAGCCGCACAAGGAGACGCGCUUCAUCCUCUACGCCGUGCCGCCCCUGACGGCUGUCGCCGCCCUGGGCGCAGACUACAUCGCCACCCGCGCAUCCCGCACCACAGCCAACAGACUCGUCACGUACGCCCUCUACGCUUCCCUCCCCUUGUCACUCGCCAUGUCCUCGGCCAUGCUCGCCCUUUCGGCCCUCAACUACCCCGGUGGCGAGGCCAUCACGCACCUCCACUCUCUCCUCCCUCCCUCAUCCACACUCGACGGACCCAUGUACGCCCACGCCGACGUGCUCACCUGCAUGACCGGCCUAACGCUCUUCCACCAAAACCCCCAUGGUCUCCCCCUCGCACUGGCGAAUCCAGACUCCGCGAGCCCUGACGAGAGGGCGCUGCUCGUCGUCGACAAGACCGAGAGGGAUGCCACGCUGGGCUAUCCCCGCUUCUGGGAGAGACUGGACUACGCCCUCGAGGAGAGGAGUGCGAUGCCCAUGGGUGAUUGGGAGAUCCUAGGUGUCAUCAGUGGCUACGACGGCAUUGAGAUUCUCAAGCCUGGGCAGGAGAUCAAGCAGCAACCUUCUGACGUACUCGGCUCGGGGCGGACGAUCGCAGAGGUGAGGGACAGGACAAGAGCUCUGACCGGUGGCUGGUGGGUCGGUCCGCGGAUGACACCCAAGAUCAACAUUAUGCGAAGACGCGACAAUGUCUAG